CCAGAAUUCGUGCAUACAAAGUAUGAAUUCGACAACAUGCACGGCGUGGCUUCAUUCCAGUGGGGGGGGGAAUAGGUAAGAACCGAAAAACGUUCUGGCAGAACAUUGCCGUGCACGAACUUCUGCAAUCAAACAAAACCCUCUUGAGCGACGAUUCCCUAGAAUACCCCUGGGCGUGGGGAAUCCUCACAGGAGAAAAUGCUAGGGCGGAUGGUCAGUGGGGACCAACGUCCUCGACAGACCCGAUGAAUCCAUCACAGAAUCUCGUCAAGCUUCGUAUGAGAUUGGGGAAGCUCAGCAAGUGGACAGGUCUGACUUCUGAGCUCGCCGUCUCCGUCGCAUCUUCCAUCGACGAAGCUAUGAACCUGCUUAACUUCACAAAUGCGGCCGAGAUCGAGGCCGCACUCUCACUUUGGAUAUACCACACCCGCGAGACGGAGCGGAAUUCGUGGAAUCGAAACAAUUUUAUGGUGACGCAGAAUUUAGAUCCCGAGGACUCCGAGGAGGACUGGCUGAGACACGGAGAAACGGCAUUGCAGCGGCAGAAUCCACAGUUCCUAGGCCCGUAUACGCCGUGUCUUCUUCGCGACCUCAAGUGGUGGACACCGCGCAGAUCGACUCUCUUGCGAAUCAACAGAUUCUCCAACGUUUCCAACACCAGCGGUGAUGGUGCGACCGAGCCAAUUGUCCUGAAUUACAAUGCAGAAAAAGUGGCCUUUGAUGAAAUCGAGGCCAGUGCAACAGCCACAGGUUCUUUAGCUGUCAUGACGGACAACAGCCUCGAGAUCUCAUGUGGGCAGCAGCUGCUGUCCUCGUUCAUGUGGGCAAUCUCUCGAAAAGUGUCUAGAAUCGAAAACCAAGCCAAUGCCCGGCAACUGGAUAUGUUCAACAAUCCCACUGCAUGGAGCUCCAUUGCAAUCGACCACGAUACGCUCGAAAAGAUGGCUCGCGCGGUGCAAAAGUCUGGGCUGGGAACUCUUGAAGAAGGAUAUCUGUGCAUCAUACCGCCCCUCAGCAUGGCAAACAAUCUACCAGCCGCCGCUGCUGUGGACUCAAUCAUUCAGACGAUGAAGGUCCGCGAGGCGGAUAGUACCCUGCCAGAGCUCAGCACGGUAUAUAUAGAGUUGCUCCGCUUCGCUUCCACGUUUCAUGAAAGCCCCGAGGGCGCUUUAUGCCCUUUCAGCUUUAAGGCUGUCGCCGCGGUUGUAGAGUACUACCGAACCCUCGUCCUCGCGACCGAACCCAACACCAAAAAACUUCGAGAUGCCACAGCGUUAGUCAGUCUGAAAGACGACUUGAAAGCACAGCUGGAAAAAGUUGAUGAAAAGACUAUGACCUACCUCCAUGUGCUUUACGAGAAUCAAGACCGGAUGGGAGGGCUCGAAGACCUGCUGCCAGGCACCAAUGACAGAACACAGCUAGAUGAUGUAGAGAUCGCGAUGUACCUAGGUUAUACGCCAUUGCACCAAGACGUUAUUUCCGGCAAGUUCACCAAGGUGGAAAAUCCGAGGUUCCUGGACGAGAGAAAUCUGUUGGGAUUUACUCCACUGCACUAUGCUGCGAACAUUCCGGGGCGGGACAAUGAAGCUUUAAUCAGGUAUAAGGCCUCGCGGGAUGCAAGGGACGACUUCGAUCGAACUCCGCUCCAUGCUGCGUGUCUCUGCGAGGAGGAGUGGCUUCGGAUGGAAUGCGUCAAGCUCCUGGUGAAAGAUUCCGACGACCUAAAGGAAGCGAAAGACAAGGACGGCAAGAGGGCGGCGGUGCUGGCAGUGGUGAAGAAGCACAUGGACGUGAUGGGGCUUCUCGCACAAAACGACCAUGACGCUCAAGUGGCCCUGAAAUCUUCAGCAGAAAACGGCGACCUAGACAACGUGAAGGUUCUAGCAGAGAAGGGAGUUUACAUUGAUGCCCGAGACGAGGAGAACGGCCGCAAUGCCUUGCAUUUCGCUGCUGCAGCCGGGCAUACCGAAAUCGUCGUGCAUCUCCUCGAGAAGGCAGGCGAGAACCAAAAGUCCUACGUCAACAGCUCUUCCACGGACAAGCGGACAGCACUCCAUCACGCCGCCAACGGAGCAGGCGAUUACGAAGAUACCGUGCGGGAGCUGAUCUCGCACGGCGCGGACAAGCUUCUCAAAGACGACAGCGGCAGGACUCCUUUACUCACCGCAUGUCUCCGCCCCGGCCACCCCAAGAUCGUAAAACACCUCAUACACGAUGGCAUCGACGCGGUGACCGCACUCCACCGCACAAUCGAAUUCGGCGACGAGCCCACCACUCGGGUCCUCGUUGGCCUCGGCGUUGACCUCGAUGCGCCGGAUACCCACUACGAUUCCGUGAACCCUCUCAGGUGCGCCGCGAGAUUCGGUCGCCACGAGAUCGUCAAGCUGCUGCUGUCCAAGCACGUCAACUUGAGGGUGCCCGGUGGGGAAAUGGUCGCACUUCAUUGGACGUGUGAGUGCGGCCAUGCCGAUAUUGCCCGUACGCUGCUCGACGCUGGUACGGAUAUUCAGAUCGCCGAGUCCUGCGGGAAUACAGCGCUACAUUGGGCUGCCGCUGGCGGACAUGUUCAGGUCGUGAGGUUGCUGUUGGAGCGGGGCGCAGAUAAGAACGUGCUCAAUGCUGGGGGAGAAACCCCGCUCGAUGUGUGUAGAGGGCAUGGGACGGAGAAGCAGACGCCUGAGGGAAAGAAGGCGGUGUAA